GGCGGGGCGAGCGGUCGCUGCGCCCGGGAGCUUGACUACAAGUCCCAGGGAGCCGCCGGGGAGGGUUGAUUGGGCGCUCACGGGGCGUGCAGUGCCAAAGCGAGACCAUUUCCCGGCAAGAGCGCCAGUUCUCUGCUUUGCUCGGCCGGGAAGUCCGGGGCGGACAAGCGGAAAGCUCUUCCAUCCAGGCCAGCUACCUGGAGCAAGCCGAGUGGCCUGGAUGUCCCUGAUUGUUGUUGUUGUUGUUUAUACUGCGAGCACGAAAUUACUCCCCAGGGCCUCCUCCCCCGCCCGCUCCACCUGCUCCUCCCUCCUGUUGUAACAUGCCAUUAGUGAGCCUGCGACCUCAUUUCCAAGGGUGCUAGAGUUCGCAUUCAGCCACCAUGGGGAAUGGGAUGAACAAGAUCCUGCCUGGCCUAUACAUUGGCAACUUCAAAGACGCCAGAGAUGCAGAGCAACUGAGCAAGAACAAGGUGACACAUAUUCUGUCUGUCCAUGAUAGUGCCAGGCCUCUGUUGGAGGGGGUUAAAUACCUGUGCAUUCCAGCAGCGGAUUCACCAUCUCAGAACCUGACAAGACAUUUCAAAGAAAGUAUUAAAUUCAUUCAUGAGUGCCGCCUCAGGGGUGAGGGCUGUCUUGUACACUGCCUGGCCGGCGUCUCCAGGAGUGUGACUCUGGUGAUCGCAUACAUCAUGACCGUCACCGACUUUGGCUGGGAGGAUGCCCUGCACACUGUGCGUGCGGGGAGAUCCUGUGCCAACCCCAACCUGGGCUUCCAGAGACAGCUCCAGGAGUUCGAGAAGCAUGAAGUCCACCAGUACCGGCAAUGGCUGAAGGAAGAAUAUGGAGAGAGCCCUUUGCGGGAUGCAGAAGAAGCCAAAAACAUUCUGGUGUUCCAAGGAACAGUUCCAGUGCUCCUUGCAAUACUAGAGCACCUUCAUUAACCUUGGGUAUCCUUAUGUGUCUUCAAUAGCAUUUAUGCUUUUCUGUGGGGAUAGGUUCCCACUAGUGGCUUUUUUUCUUAUUUAUUGGAUGCCUAUUCUUUCUAGUUUCUGCCUCAGCAGGGAACCUCACUUCCAACUUCUGGGUCUGUUUUGUGUUCCUCUUGCAUAGAGACAGCUUAUAAAAUCUGGUGAUUUGUGUGCGUGUGUGUGUGUGUGUGUGUGUGUGUGUGUGUCUGCGUGUGUGUGCACAUACACCUGUGUCUUAUGUUUUUAUUAGUUUUAGAGAAAUCCUUAGCUUUCAGGGGAGUCAUGUGUGCAACAUCAAGGGUAACUUGAGCUCGGGUACCUUAAAUGGCAGGUACUUGGGGCACCCAAGGAAAUGUCAGAGCCCAUAUUGCACAACUAGAGCUAGUCACGAAGGGCUGCUCUGCACACCAGUAUCUAGUCAUAAAAAUAGGGAACACACUAAAAAUCAAAACCCUGUGAUCCCACACUAGAUGACUCCUCCCAUCCUGACCCUAAGUUAUUAAUAAUUUUAUUAAGAAUGUGCUUUCAACAUGCUUACACUUAUAUAUGUACUUAACAAGAAAUCACCAAGACUUCAGAGGGAAGUUCUUCUUCCCUUUCCUUUUUAUUGCCCAGAGAAAGAGAGAAACUGCAAAGAAGGAGGGGGGAAAAAAGCUGCAUUUGACUUGUCACUGGAGGCUUGAGCAUAUCAAUCAUUCACUUCUUAGAAUUUAGUAGGGUCUCCUGAGGCCUUGGGCUCAUUGAGACUGUCAUGGACUUGAAUGCAUGUAAUGCACUGGCCACAUUUCAUCAUGCAGACAGAUCUUGACACUUUGCUCUUGUUUUCCUAUCCCCACUCUAGAUCUUGAGACCUGUCACUGCAGUAACAGGACAUAAUUAGUUCAUCCAGUACCAAAAUUAGUAAUCAAAAUUAGUAUCUAUUUUGCAGCUAAGGCUUAACCACCUAAUAAGCAUCCGACUAAAUGUUGCAAGUGCUGUGCCUGUGUCUCUUUCCAUCAGGGGAAAGAACUGCCAGUCCGUAUUUGAACAUCUGCAAGUUUAGGUUUAUUUUGGCUCUGGAUAUCUAUGCAAACUGUUGAUCAGGAGUUAGUAAUUUGCAGUUAAUUUUCCUGAAGUUUCCAGUUCACUUAUUAGAGUCUGGUGUCAAAAGAUCUAUUUUAGCAGGUGACUGAAAUUACUAGGCAGUUCAACAUUCUGAGUGUGAUGUUGACUAGUUAGAGGUGGGGUUAGGAGAUAUAUUGAAUGGGAUUGUACCUGAGCACAUCCUUUAUUCAAAGACCUACUUAAGAAAACUAGAUAGGAGCCAGAGGUAAAAAAAUAAAAUAAAACUUUGAUUUUUGUGGGGUUAACAAUUUCUUCUAGAAAUAAUGUAGUUUAUGCUGAUCACACCAUUUGUCUAUUUGCCCAACUUGACCCAAGGAGGCCUCAUUACAGUGGCCUUUCCGUUUAGCUUCUCAGUCUUCCAGGAUACAUAUCAGUGACAAGCAAAUAUGUCAUGAAUGGAACAUUGCCAUCAACAUGGUGUUGGUUCCUCUCUCCCCUUCAAGUCUGUUGAUCGAUCACCAAGUGCUUUGCCCUCAGCCUCUUGUGCCCUUCACCAGAAGUGGCCAAACCAGCACAAACAGGAACCAUACUUUCUGGUAAGCAGGUUUGCCUUUUGUUCGUUGGCUAUGGGUUUCCCCAAGGCAUUGAUAUGGAGCCUUUUUGGAAAAUAAAAAUCAAAAACCCUUACAUGUGCACUAAAGAAAUGUCACCUUCUGCUUUGCAAAGGGUGUGCCCUUCAAGGCAAGAGACCCAAGUAGCACCGAGCUUCCUCAGAAUGGGAGUCCCUAGAGAAGUUUGUCAUGUGCCAGGGGUCAGAUGUUUGGAUUCUCCUUGGUUUGUGUUAAGCCACACUGAUGUGGUGGCAGAGAGAAAGGCAGGAAGGUGUGAAAGGAGAAGACCAUUUCUCAACUGUUUGCAGAAGCCUUCAUGAAUCUCCCAAAAUCAGGUGCAUCCCAGAGGUGUACUGAAGAUGUGGGCUAAAGCCCAUUUCAUGCCUUGAUAAUUCACUAUCCUACAGCAGACAGGCCUAUUUUCUGCUUUGCCAGAACCCCUUCCCAUCAUCUUCCACCUUCCAAGAGCAGAAAGGCACAGGUCCUGAUAGAGUAGGUUGGAGGAGAUGAGAGGCCAAGGUCUCUCUGGUGACCAGGCAGCCAACAUAGUCACAGGCCAGACAGGCCUGACUAAGGUCCAUUUUAAUCCCCAUUCUCUGGAAUACCUUGGGGAAGUCCCAGAGGAGGCAAUCCACUCAUGUGGGGAACUUCUUCUAAGACUAGAGUAAAGAAGCUCUGUCGAAGAGAUGAGCAGAGCUAGAGGACACCAUGUGUCUUGGCACAGUGAUAUGCCCAGAGACAGCCUCAUAGCCUUCCUGGGUAGCAUUUUAUGUGUCUAGAAAGGCCUUUCUAAUUGUGAAGAGCUCCCAUGUAGGUUACAAGACAAUCAGCCUCUUGAUGGUCAACAGUUAUUCAGCACUUAAUGUGGGAGAGAAGCUGGCAUUGAGACUUUUUCUUGAAAUCUCUUCUGACAACAAUCUUAUGGGAUAGAUUUUACUAUGGGAGAAACUAAGUUCUAGAGAACUUGAGCAUUACCCAGUCUCAGGGCCAGAAAGUGACCACGUGAGGAUUGUAAUCCAAGGAAUCUGGCUCAGGUGUCCCUAAAUGUCACUACCCCUGGGAGGCUAAGCUAAUAAAAUGCUAACAGUCAUGUGUACUCAUGUUCAAGUUUUUUUCUGAAGGUGGGUUUAUGUUAGAUUAGAGGCCUAGUGGGAAGAUUAAGGUGGAAGAUAGGUAAGUAUAGUUAAAUAGGCACAUGAGAAAGGCAUUUCUUUUUUCUUUCCAUCAAAGCCUGGCCAUUGUGUGUACACUAUUGCUGCCACACAUACCUCUGACUAAGUAUUUCUGAUUUAGCCUAGAGUAGCAGGCAGAGUACUGAGAUAUCCUAGGGCUCCAGGAGGCCCUUUGCAAGAACAUAGAAUGGCCCAUGUGUGUACAGGGAAAGGAAAGAGAGUGCUGGUACUUUAAGCAGAUGGUAUUCUGUCCUUGAUGUGCCAUCAUUAUACAAAUAGAGGAACCUCAGUGAAGUUUUUUCAAGAAGCUCAGGGAUUUGCUGCCACCUAAGUCAAAUAACUCACAUGGAAACAUUCAUCAAGGACAGAGACGUGGAAAGCAACAGCAGAUGUCAAAGCAACCAGAGACUGACAGGACCUCCUUCCAACCCCUGGGGCUGAGGGCCAGGGCUGAGAAAUGGAGUUACUAGAGUCAAGUAAAAAGUGAGCCAUGCAGGGGUGCCUGAGGAGGGCAGGUCUUUAAGAAGUAAGGGAGACUUGGAGGAAGCAGAGUAGAAGUUUCCCAUCUAUUAUCCUCUUGUCCUAUCUCCCUGUACCUAAUGGGAAGCUGGCCAGCAGAGGAUUUUGCAUGCUGCGUCCAUGGGGGACAGAACAGUGUGAUUACCAUACAGUAGGCAGCCCUGGUGCUCAGCCGUGGGUAGGGCGGAGACACAGUGAUAGGAUGGAGGAAGUGCCGCAAGCUUCCAAGAAGUAUCUAAGUGUCAACAAGCUGAUACUAAAAGUGGGUCUGAGUGGGGAGCCUGGGUUCUCCUACACACUUUGUCCUGAAGUAUGCUAUCUGGAGCUUGGCCUGUGACUCACUGCUUUCAUCUUUAGAAAGCUUUUAGAAGCAUCCAUGUCUGCCAGUAUGCCCCUGCUGAUCUGUGCUUUCCUAUGGCCUCUCUGGAGAAAUGACACCCUCAACAUUAAGGCCAUCAGCCAUGACAUUUGAGCCUCUGCUACAAAUUGUGCCCAUGUGAGAGGUCCCUACCCCCUGUCCUGAAGCCCAUGAAGAGGAGGGAGGAGAGUUUGCAGUGCCUCAAUCAUGCCAUAUUGCCUGCGGCUCACUGGGAAAACUAUGUCAUGAGAUGCUUACAGAGUUAGCACUAUGUGCCAUGAGGGAAAGGACAAAUUAGGCAGGGCAGCCUUGCCUUCAGAUUUUGAGCUGGAGAGAGCCUUGUGUAUAUUCACAAAUAUUCUGUGAACAAAUGUGGAGCACAGAAUCAUGAAUGCAGGCCAUGGAAAGUGUCCUGCUGGGGAUGGAAAACUUGGAAGAAGAGUGAAGGACAUCCUGGGCAGAGGGUGACAUGCAAGCAAAGGCACAAACAGGAGUGAACAGAGUGUACUUGGAGUCCAGGACCUGUCUUAGAGAAGAUGACUAUGAGGGAGGUGACGGUUGGAAAGUAAAAUGAUUAAUCUUGUCCUGAACUGUAAACUGUGGGCAGAUAUGGGUGGGCCUUGGAUAGAUUUGGGCCCAUCAGAAUGGGCUGGAAGCAGGAAGGUAGAGCAGUUAGGAGGGAAACAGGCUCAUGUGGACCAGAUGCCCCAUGGGACCUCUCCAAAGAUGAAUCUACCAAGUGAGACAACAUAGAUAAUGACCAUCUUGAAGUAGUGACAGACAGUGCUGGUUUGCUUUCUCCAGAAGCAGAAACAGAGUUAGGGUUACAAAAGAUUAUUGGUGACAGGAGGGCAGGAGGCUUAUGGGCCAGUGGGGCUGUCAGGCUGUAAGAUAGUCCCACCUUCUCUCCACCAGAGGAGCCUAAGGGCAGGCAUGACUGAUUGCCCCAGAAGAAUGGCCUGAGCUGCCAAGCAAGGGAGCCCUGAGAGGCCAGAGCUCAGCGACACUUACCAUGCUUGCAGGGAAAGACAGCCUGACACUCUCCAGGGACACCUGGUGCUAAAGUGCAGCCUUGCAGAGAUACUUCUCCCCAGUGUCUCACACAGCAGGGCUACCCAGAAUACACCCAAACUCCAGUGUUAGAGCCUCCAAUGUCGCUUGGUCAAUUGGGUGUCUCUGGCAACUAGAAGCCCUCUCCCCUUGUUUCCUCCCCAUGCCUCCUCUCCCUUUCUCCCCUUGUCCUCCUCUCUGUCCUCCUGUCCCAUUCUCACUCCUCUCUCAUUCCUCUCUCCUCAGUUCUCAGAUUAGAGCUGGGUGUCGAGGAAGCAUGAAAGCAACACCAGGAGUUAAGGGAUUCCAAAUGUCCCUCCUCACAAUGAUUGCAGCCUCAGUAGCCACCAGAGAUUUAUUGAAAAAAACAAAUUUUUUUAAAGGAUUUAUUUGUUUAUU